AUGGUGAUCAUCAACAGAACAAACAGUUCGCCAGUCAAUUCCUCUCUUGAAUGUUUUCUUUUGGACAUAAAUUUGGAUUUCAGCCAACACCUUUUCAUCGCACAUAUUCUGACUACAAUAUUAAACUCCGUAACCUCGUUCACGGCUGCUGCCGGUAAUUCUGUGGUUAUUGUAGCAGUUUGGAGGACUCCGUCGCUUCACACACCGUCAAAUGCGUUUCUUUGCUGUUUGGCGCUCAGCGAUCUGACUGUCGGUUUGAUUGCUCAACCAUGUUUUGUGAUUCACAAGAUCGGGGAACUUCUCCAAGACUACAGCAUGUACUGUACCACAAGGAUAAUGACAGAAUCGCUGGGAUACAUAACGGCUGGAACUUCAGUUUUAAUCAUGGCAGGUAUAGCGAUCGAAAGAUACCUCGCACUUUAUCUGCAUCUCCGUUACACAGAAAUUGUUACCAUUAAACGCAUUUUAUUUACUGCCUCUGUUCUUUGGAUGGUUUUUAUCCUACUAGCCUCUUCCAGGCUUUGGAUGGCCGAUGAUGGAGUUUUUAACAGUAUUUUAAUCCCAGUGAUAUUCUGCAGCUUGGUGUUCACUUUCUUGGCGUACACGAGAGUUCUGAAAUACGUCCGCCGCCAUGAGAAACAAAUAAAAGCGACAUCGGCAGCUCUAUGCCCGGUAAAUCAUCAACUGUCAAGAAUAAUGCGAUACAAGAAAUCAACUUUAACAAUGGUGUACAUUGUGGGCAUUUUUGUUUUCUGUUACAUUCCGUUUCUGUGCGUGAAAAUUGUUCACAAGGUAGAGGGCUACACCAUAAGCGUUAAGAUAGCUUACUUGUAUGCAUCAACUAUCGUGUUUUGCAACAGUUCUUUAAACCCUCUGGUUUAUUGCUGGCGUAUAACCGACAUUCGCAGAGCUGUUAAAGCACUCUGUUUACGAUGCCUGGGAAAGAAGAAUUCGGUUGCUCCCCUAGCGUUAGCGGAACCUCGGCCAAGAAGUUGCAUGAGCGUAAGCUUUGAUGUAACCCGGCGCCCAUCGCUAAGCGUAGCGUGCUCUCAGAGAAAAAUUUCCGGGCCAUGUAACUUCGAAGGGCAUAUCUAUAAUAGGACUUAAGGCCAGCUGGUUGGUAAUUUUUCGACAAAUUGUUUGGAUAAUGCAGCAUAUAUAUCCCAUUCCCAAUCUUUGACCACAAGUUUCAGGGAUGAAAGAAAACAAACUUAAUAAGGCUGAAUAACAUGAAUUUCUUCACUUUUUUAAGUAGGUACAGGCGAAUCACAAAACUUAAAAAAGUUUUCUUUUUCAUGAUUAGUAAAUAGAAUAGUUUUUUUAAUUUUAUUUUGGAGUUUUUAUUGUAUGUAUGCCUUAUUCAGCCUCAAACCAGCAUGAUUAACACCCGUGGAAACCAAUUUUAAUACACCUUUUUAUUAAUUUUUUCACCACGAAGAAAUUGCUGCUGAAAGCAUUACUGACAUUGAAAAUUAAAGAUUCGCCGACAAUUAAUGUUAGCUUAGUCAAGAAGACAAGAGAAUGAUCCAAUAGAAACCCGUACUAAAAGUGAAAUCGAGGGUGUUUCUUUGUUGUUAUCCACAAUAAGUUCUAAUUUUUCAUAGCGACAUCAUCUCGAGUAGACCACAAUUCUAUUAAAUAA